UGCGGGGAGCGCGAGAGAAGAACGCUGCCAUGCAAAGCGUCGCUUGACAGCGUCUUUUUUUACUUCCACCUGCGUUCGUCGUAUAAGGAUUGUGGAUUUCAUCCCCCCGGCCACUGAAAUCGCGUUUUACUUCGAUGCUCAAACGCGAUGCAUCUUUGCUUUAACGUAGUUGCGUGAAUGAUGCUGCACACGGAGGAUCAUUGUCUGAAACGCACUGACAUUUAAAAUGAGCAAUUUGAACCGUGCACAUCUCAUGCGUUUCGACUCCUGAAUGCACAGCGUGAUUAAACUCGUGCUUUUAAUCGGAGCGUAAUCUCCGUAGGCUCCUCUGACACAUUUCUAAACGUUUGUUAUGGGGGUCAAGACAACAACCCGAGGCGGUGGGAUUUGAUUGCGACUCAUAUUACGUGUUUUUACUUAUAUAUCAUUAUCAUAUAUACUUUCAUGAUCAUAAUUCGCGCUCUUUGAUCAGCUGUUAAAAUUGUGAAACUGCUUAACGCGGGUUGUUGUGUAUGGUGCUGAAUGGACAGCUCCCACCACAGCGGAUCAUAUGGAUCAAUAUUAGGGGUCUGACAGUGUCGCUCUCGGGCUUUAAUGGCUGUGGCACGCAAGAUCAAAACUCUGCUGACGGUCAACAUUCUGGUGUUCGUCGGGAUCAUCCUGUUCUCCGUCUACUGCAGGAUCCAGGACCGAUCCGAAGAGCUCGUGCAGAUCGGGAGGUUGUCUGAUCAGAGACUGCGAGGCAGGAAUGCCAAAGUUACGAACUCCAUGGACAGACAGUCCAUUCUCAAAAGGCUCGAGCGACUAGAAGAUGUGGUCUAUAACCAGUUAAAUGGUCUAGCCAAGCCCAUGGGUCUGGUAGAGGGUCCUGGAGGUCUAGGACAGGGCGGUGCAGCUGCCACGCUGGGGGAAGACAGUCGAGAGAGUGAAGGGAGAUAUGAGGAGUACGGCUACAAUGCCCAACUGAGCGACCGCAUCUCCUUGGACAGGAACAUUCCAGACUACAGGCCGAAAAAGUGUAAGCAGUUGACCUACUCUGAUGACCUUCCCCAGAUCUCUGUUGUCUUCAUCUUUGUGAACGAAGCUCUCUCUGUCAUCCUGCGGUCUGUACACAGCGUGGUCAACCACACGCCGGCACACCUGCUCAAAGAAAUCAUACUGGUGGACGACAACAGUGACAGCGUGGAGUUGAAGUUCAAUCUGGAUCAUUACGUGAAUAAGCGAUAUCCCGGCCUGGUGAAGAUCGUAAGGAACAGUAAAAGAGAGGGACUUAUACGGGCCAGGAUUCAUGGCUGGAACGCAGCCACUGCUCCUGUUGUGGGCUUCUUUGAUGCCCACGUGGAGUUCAACACAGGCUGGGCUGAGCCUAUCCUCACAAGAGUGAAAGAAGAUCACACUAGGGUAAUCCUCCCUGCGAUAGAUAAUAUCAAGUACAACACCUUUGAGGUGCAGCAAUACGCUAAUGCAGCCCAUGGCUACAACUGGGGCCUCUGGUGCAUGUACAUCAUCCCACCACAGGAUUGGCUGGACAAAGGAGACGAGACUGCCCCCAUCAGGACACCUGCAAUGAUUGGCUGCUCCUUUGUAGUGGAUCGUGAGUAUUUUGGAGAAAUCGGACUGCUGGACCCAGGCAUGGAGGUCUAUGGAGGAGAGAACAUUGAACUGGGAAUGAGGGUGUGGCAGUGUGGCGGCAGUAUGGAGGUUCUUCCGUGUGCCAGAGUAGCUCACAUUGAACGCACAAAGAAACCGUACAACAAUGACAUUGACUACUACGCCAAGCGGAACGCGUUGCGGGCAGCAGAAGUUUGGAUGGAUGAGUUUAAGUCCCAUGUCUACAUGGCCUGGAAUAUCCCCAUGAAUAACCCAGGAGUAGAUUUUGGAGACGUGUCAGAGCGUGUAGCGCUGAGGAAGAAAAUGAACUGCAGGAACUUUCGCUGGUACCUCGAGCAUGUCUAUCCCGAGAUGAGAAUUUACAAUAACACCAUCACUUACGGAGAGGUGCGAAACAGUAAAGCCAGCGGAUACUGCCUUGAUCAGGGGUCAGAGGAGGAUGACAGGGCCAUACUCUACCCAUGUCACGGCAUGUCAUCACAGCUGGCGAGGUACACCACUGAGGGCUUACUGCAGUUAGGAGCCUUGGGGUCGACUACGUUUCUGCCUGACACAAAAUGCCUGGUGGAUGAUGGAAGAGGAAGGACUCCGAGCUUGAAAAAAUGCGAUGCUCUCACAAGGUCCUCCCAGAAGCUUUGGGAUUUUACUCAGAAUGGACCCAUCAUAAGUCGAGACACAGGACGUUGUUUGGAGGUUGAAAUGUCAAAAGAUGCAAACUUUGGCCUGCGACUGGUCGUCCAGCGCUGCUCAGGACAGAAAUGGGUGAUUCGGAACUGGAUAAAACACCCCAGACAUUGAGGAACAUCCAACCUGAAAAAUAACCUCCCUGAGCAGGAGAGCAGCCAUAGACACAAACCCCUGACAGUGGGAUUGAGACAGACGAGGAGAACACUCUUUUGGGGUAAAAUGCUUUCAGUAUAGAUGCCUAAAAAUGAAAAAUUGUCUUUGGACGUAUUUACAGUUGAGCGAGUGAUAAAGCAGAAUGCCGUCAUCACAAGGAGAAAGACUUGCUCAUUGCAAGUCCUCUGUACAGACUCCCAGUUUACUGAAGGAUAAUUGUGUUCCCGAGAGGAAAUCUGAUGAGCUGUCUUGGUGAAAUUCCGAGAGAAAUAUUCAAAAGAGUUGCGGAAAAAAAAAGAGCGAGGAAGCGAAAGUUGCAAACCCCUCUGAGCAAAGUCUUGAGUUUUACUUCUUAUCAAUUGCCAUAUCAACACUUAUUUCUUCAGGCUGUGAGUUGCUUUGGAUAAUUUAAUAUCCACACUGAAACUUUAAAUGGGUAUCCCAAGUGCUACAGAACAAAAAAGAAAGUAGUAUAGACUUUAAUAGUUUCAGCUAUUUUAGCUAUCAAGUAUUUUCUUUCCUUGAUUUACAGACUUAAUUGCUAAUGCACAACAAAACCAUGUGUUCACUCAAGAACUCAUGUGCCUUUCUUUAUCUUUAUGCCAUCAGACCAGGGAAUGUUCCUCCCUAAGCAUGUACAAAAUAUUUGACUUUAAAUUAAUUAAAAUAUGAAUAUAAUGUUAAGAGGUCUUAUUAUAGAAACGCGUUGUAAAAUACUAAAACAAUAUAAUCCAGGAAAAUCCAAUAAAAACAAGUGUUCUUUUAUUUUGUACAA